AAGCCUGGUCCUCGCGAAAAAAAAAAUAACUCCGCGACGUUUCUCAUGGCGGUUGUAGGCGUUGAAUAAUCGAACACUCUCCCCGCUACAAUUCUAGGGCUUGUUCCAUUUCUCCGCCCAAAAUAUUCGUAAACCUGCAAGCAUCGAAAAUGGUCGGGCCGCAAUCCGAGAGAGAAGAUAAAGUAUCAUUGGAACUCACCGAGGAAAUCAUUCAAAGCAUGGAAAUCGGCAUGGUUUUUAAAGAUUAUAGCGGUAGAAUCAGUUCAAUGGAUUUUCACAGAACGUCGAAUUAUUUAGUAACUGCUAGUGAAGAUGAAUCCAUCCGCCUUUAUGAUGUUUCCAGCGCCACGUGUUUGAAAACAAUUAAUAGCAAAAAGUAUGGGGUUGAUCGAGUUUGCUUUACUUCACAUCCAACGACAGUUAUUUACUCUUCAAAGAAUGGUUGGGAUGAAUCAUUGCGUCUUCUCUCAUUGCACGAUAACAAGUACUUGCGGUAUUUUAAAGGUCACCAUGACAGAGUUGUUUCGCUUAGCCUAUGCUCACGCAAUGAAAGUUUCAUCUCUGGUUCUCUUGAUAGAACUGUGCUGCUUUGGGAUCAACGAGCAGAGAAAUGUCAGGGCCUUUUACGCGUGCAAGGAAGGCCUGCCAUAUCUUAUGAUGACCAAGGGAUAGUCUUUGCUAUUGCCUUUGGAGGAUACAUCAGAAUGUUCGAUGCUCGCAAGUAUGAAAAGGGUCCUUUUGAAAUCUUUUCUGUUGGGGGAGAUGUAUCCGAUGCUAAUGUUGUAAAGUUCAGCAACGAUGGACGGCUCAUGCUUUUGACAACUAUGGAUGGACAUAUUCAUGUGCUUGAUUCAUUUCGUGGCACGCUUUUAUCCACAUACAAUGUGAAGCCAGUUCCUAAUAAUUGCACGUUAGAGGCAUCUUUUAGCCCUGAGGGAAUGUUUGUUAUAUCAGGUUCAGGCGAUGGUCGUGCAUAUGCCUGGAGUGUAAGGAGUGGAAAAGAAGUUGCAAAUUGGAUGAUGAAUAGUGAACCUUCUGUAAUAAAUUGGAAUUGGAUGAGCACUGACACUGAGCCUCCGUGCAUUAAAUGGGCACCUGGGAAUCUUAUGUUUGUAACCGGAUCUACCGAGCUCUCAUUUUGGAUUCCAGAUCUAUCUAAAUUGGCAGCAUAUGUUGGAAGGAAGUAAGACUCAUUUUUGCUCUUAUAAUCUAUAGUCUUAUUCGUAGCCACAUCGAAUUUGCUGAUAGAGGAUUCGGCACACAUCUUCCUAUCUCUGUUGCUUCGGUCUCUUGCGUAUCAUUUAACUGUUACCAUUUGUCUAGAACUGGAUUGUAGAUGCUCCAGCGCCAACUUUACUGCUCUGGAAAAAUAUAAGAAUGAGAGCUAGCUUACAAUUUAGGUAUAUGUAGUUCCAACUUUCUAUGUUCUUUACUCCGUAGUAUUAUGAUUGCACAGUUCCUUGUUAUGUUGUAAACUUGUAAUUUUGAAUAUGUAUGGUUGUUCGACUCU